CAUAAGACGACGAAGCAACCACUGGUUGCUUCGCGCAGCGCAAUAAUUUUGCCAUGCUAGAAAAAGGUGCUCAGUUCACCUGUUCAUGGCUGCGCCAAAACGGAACCCUCUGUGGUGCGCGAAUGGAGAAAUACGGUGCAAAAGACCGUGGAGCCCCUACAAUAUAUGUUCAUCCGUUCGCAAAGCACAAAGACCGCUCGAGAGCCAUCGGAACACAAAUGCAUGCAACAAUACACCUGCCUCUUCCUCGCACGGAUUUUCGCGAAGCUUAGGCUCCUACCACUGCUAUCGCUCCUCAAUAUCGGGAACCAACUUCGGAUCAUCACAUUCCACGGAUCAUGCGAUGCUGCGGUCUUUUCUCACAAAUCUCUGGAAAAGAGGCCCCUUUGCAAGAGGUUAUCAGUCGUCGAGAGUAUCUCCAUAUCACCGCCGUUACUUGCUCCGCUUCUCUCGCGGAAUUAAGCUCGAUUCAAGCGACCUAUCUUACAAUGUCGCUGCGUGUCCUUCGGAUCUCGGCCAUAUGGAACACAGCUAAAGGGAGACAUGAUACCAAUGCCGAAAGGGAAAGCACACAACAAUGAAAGUGGGUGGCACAGGAGUAGUCAGAGUGUCGGCCGAUCUCAAGAGGAAAGGAAGGAGAGCAACACCAAAGGGCGGCACGGGGAAAAUUGAAGAGGCAGGCAGAACGUAAGAUGCUAUGCGAGAUUAU